AAGGUUUCCUUUUCCUCUUUCUAAGCUUCAGAGGUGUUUGUCUGAAGAGACGCUUGGAUUUUAUCAAGAACAUCUGGAAAAUAGAGGAAAAAUGCCAUCUUUAACAAAGAUUUUGUAUUUUCUUUUGAGCGCGAAGCUCACUGCCAUAUCUAUAGGUUUGCUUGGGUAUGCCAUGUCCACAACAUGGUCUAAAACAUUAAUGGAUUGCGAAGGAACUGCGACCAACAAUGGAAGUGCAGAAAUAACGAUGGGCCUUUUCAAUGGAAAUUUACAAAGAAACACCUGCCCCACUUUUGGGGGUGAGGAAGCAUUUUCAGUAUUUCCAGAAUUGACAGCCAUAGAAAAGACUCCUCUGGCUCUCCAUGGUCUGUGUGUGGUCCUGCUGGCUGUGUGUUUGCUGACUUCUGCCCUGAGCAUUCUCAUCUCACUCUACAACAGUGUCAGUAACCCUUAUGAGACCUACAUGGGCCCUAACGGGGUUUACACCUGCUCCUCCAUCAGCGCAUGCUCGUCUGUUCUGGUCCUCAUCAUUUACGUGCUGAACCUCAUUCUGACCAAAAUGCAAGAGGAAUUGGUUGCCAGCAUUGCUGAAAUUACCAACGUGAAGCUGACUCACAAAAUGUUGGAGAUGAGGCUUGGGUAUUUCCUGCUCAUCCCUUACGCGGUGCUCUCUCUGCUUGCCAUCUUGUUCAUCUACCUGUACGACCACGCAGCCUACACCCACAGACGGGAACAGGAGAGGCCCACGGAGGACGCCCCUAAGGAGAUCAUGAUGUACUAGUGAUAAUCACGCCAGGGACACUUUCACGUUUCCUAACGACUUUCUGGGAAAACUUACUGUGAUAGAUUAUUACAGAUCAUGGUGGUGUACAGAAAAUAAUGAAUGCACAGCUUGCUUGAUGCACAAUGUGCAGGAAUUGAUUUAUUGUAUUCAGUUUUGACAUUCUAGACAGAAUGUUUGAUUGUAUUUCAGUUUUAAGUUAAUUUAUCCAAAGUGUGAGAAGUCAAAUGAAUCAUUUUAUUCUAUAUGUUUCACAUAAAAUAUACAUGAGACAUUCUUUAAAACUUAUUUAUUUUAUAUAUGAACAAUACAAUAGUUCUUAGUGCAAAGCAAUACCUUUCUAUCUCCUUCAGAAUAAAAUAACAGUCAAAUCAGCAUCAGCACUGAUAUUGCUAAUCCACAAUAUGCAUGCAUCCGUUUGCAUCUCUUUGGGUGAAAGCAAUUUCUACCCAUUCUUUUUUUUUCUGUUUAAUAUCAAAUUAUUUUCUAAAGAAAAAAGAAAAUCAAUCGAUUGAAAGCAGUAACAAGGUAAUGGUAUUCACUGAUGUUUGCUGCCCUCUCUCUGAGAUGUGAUGCAAUUGCAAGGAGUCAACCUCAGUCAAAUGCCACUGCUGAGACAUCGCUGGAUCCAAUUUUUUUUCUUGCACAGUUUGGAGUUGAUCCAUUUGACAUUGUUCUUAGUGCAAAUUUGUACAUUAAACUUGUUUAAAACCA